GUGAGUUCUUAAGAAGAGACAUUAGAGUUUACACAGUCACAGAUUGUUGAUAAUGAAAAUUAAACACAACACCGCUACACCGGUCGAGGCCGAAGGUUCCUACCCCUUACAGCAGUUUGCUAACCUUCCUCAACCAGUUCCAAUGACCAACAUUUACAUCCCACAAGACACCCCAGCGCCUCUUAAUGUCCAGAUAUCAGCUGCACCUGACUUAGGUCAAAUGCCAACAGUCUACACCCCACAACCCGCACAAGUUCCAAUCAUACCUGCACCUGCUUUAACUCAAACAGACUCGUCUUUAUCUACGGUUGGUGAAGCAACAACAGUCCCUCCUUCGCCAAAUGAACCAGAACCAGUCCAACCUGGAGCUGUUUCUGCUGCCGCGUCCGCGGUUGUUGUUCCUCCACCAUAUGAUCCACAAGCAGUCCCGGGUGCAGCCCCCAUGACUCAGACAGUCCAGUAUCCACCGAUACCCGGGGCAGCUCAAAUGACCUCAUUUUACCCCCCGCCACCUGCACAAGCACCCCAAACAGUCAAGGGGGCAUCUCCUAUGAUUCAUCCACUCCAGUUUACAGCUAUGCCUGGCGCACCUUUAGCAAUCCAUCCUUUGCAACCUAUGCCAGGUGUAGGCAUGCCCAUUGUCGCUAUGCCCUGCAGAAUUGAGUGACGUACCCGGGCAAUCGAGAUGCCCUCACUGCCAACAACAGAUUGUCACAGAGACAACAUACGUCAACGGCAUGUUCGUCUGGGCCAUCUGCG